AUGAGUUGCGACGGGAGGUACACGUUGGAGGGCCAGGUGGUGCUUUUGGCUGGGGCGUCGCAGGGGCUAGGGAGGCAGUUUGCCGCGAAGUACUUCCGUGAGACGCGUGAGACACGUGUGGUGCUUGUGAGCAGGUCUGCCCCGAAGUUGCUAGCUGCCAUCGAGGAGAUCACUGGUGGCGAUGGUGCUGAGAGUGUUGUGUGUUUGAACGGUGAGUUGCCCGCCGUGGUGCCGCCCCAGGCCAGGUUGAUGUACUACGCUUGUGAUUUGGGGGACGCCUCGGCAGUCGAGGAACUGUUCUGCACGCUGAAGAGAGCUCAGUUGGUCCCCACACAGGUGCUGUCGUGCGUUGGUGGGUCUGUGCCCAAACUGUUUCGGGACUUGACUCUUGCGGAGUUGGACCUAGGUGUUAGGAUGAACUACAUGUCCGCAUUGUUCCUUUCACACGCGGCGUUGCGGCUGGGAACUCCAUGUCACUUGAUCCUGUUCUCCAGUGUGACUGCGUUCUUCCCCUUCAUCGGGUACUCGCAGUAUGCGCCCGCGAAAGUCGCGAUCAAGUCUCUCGUUGGGAUUAUCAGACAGGAGUGUCCUCCUGGGUCCCUCAUGCGUAUCUCGUGCGUGUACCCGGGGAACUUCCAGUCAGAGGGGUUCAUCCUCGAGGAACUCACGAAACCGGAGAUUACAAGACAGUUAGAGGGUCCCUCCGCGGCGAUCCCCUGCGAACUGUGCUGCGACAAGAUUGUAUCGUGGUUGUCCCUAGGGUACGACGAUAUCACGACGGACGCGAUCGGGUGGGUGCUCAUGUCCUUGGAUAUGGGGUUAAACAAACACUACAACAACUCGUUUUUGUGGCUUCUACAGUUGCUCUUGGGUGCGGUCACUAACCUCAUCGUUGUUCCAUUGUACAUGGUCUACUGUAAUUGGGAGAUACGCAGGUACUUCAAGGCGAAGCCCUGGGGGGCGAGUACACUCCCACUACUACCAACCGAAGGGGCCGAUGGGGCCAACGGGGACUCCGAAGAGUGA